CUCAGCCUCUGUAGCACAUGCACCCCACCAGCUCCGCCCACUAGUCACCGACUGGGAAACCUCCUGGUGAUGCAGGCAUGCCCCGGACACUGAGCACCUCCACCGUGGUCACCCCAGGAAGCCUCAGCCAACCCCCCACGGAGCCCACAGAUGGCGAUCAGGCUGGGCAGCCCCUCCUGGACGGAGCUCCAUCCUCCGCCUCCCUGGACACCCUGAUCCAGCACCUCGUGCCCACAGCCGACUACUACCCCGAGAAAGCCUACAUCUUCACCUUCCUGCUCAGCUCUCGCCUCUUCAUCGAGCCCCGGGAACUCCUGGCCCGGGUCUGCCACCUGUGCAUCGAGCAGCAGCAGCUGGACCAGCCGGUGCUGGACAAGGCCCGGGUCCGGAAGUUUGGCCCCAAACUGCUCCAGUUGCUGGCCGAGUGGACGGAGACCUUCCCAAGGGACUUCCAGGAGGAGGCGACCAUCGGGCACCUGAAGGACGUGGUGGGCCGCAUUGCCCCCUGCGACGAGGCAUACCGGAAAAGGAUGCACCAGCUGCUGCAGGACCUGCACCAGAAGCUGGCGGCCCUGGGCCAGGGGCCAGAAGGCCUGGUGGGCGCUGACAAGCCCAUCUCGUACAGGAGCAAACCGCAGGCCUCCAUCCACAAGGAGCUGCUCGGCGUCUGCAGCGACCCCUACACACUGGCCCAGCAGCUGACCCACGUGGAGCUGGAACGGCUGCGACCCAUCGGACCCGAGGAGUUUGUCCAGGCUUUCGUGAACAAGGAUCCCCUGGCCAGCACAAAGCCCUGCUUCGGUGGCAGCACCAGCAACCUAGAGGCCUAUGUGAAGUGGUUCAACAGACUCUGUUACCUGGUGGCCACCGAGAUCUGCAUGCCAGCCAAGAAGAAGCAGAGAGCCCAGGUGAUCGAGUUUUUCAUCGACGUGGCCCGCGAGUGCUUCAACAUCGGCAACUUCAACUCCCUGAUGGCCAUCAUCUCCGGCAUGAACAUGAGCCCGGUCUCCAGGCUGAAGAAGACCUGGGCCAAGGUGAAGACAGCCAAGUUUUUCAUCCUGGAGCACCAGAUGGACCCGACAGGGAACUUCUGCAACUACAGGACGGCACUGCGUGGGGCGGCCCACCGCUCCCUGACCGCCCACAGCAGCCGGGAGAAGAUUGUCAUCCCCUUCUUCAGCCUGCUCAUCAAGGACAUCUACUUCCUGAACGAGGGCUGUGCCGACCGCCUGCCCAACGGACACGUCAACUUCGAGAAAUUUCUGGAACUGGCCAAGCAGGUUGGAGAGUUCAUCACGUGGAAACAAGUGGAGUGUCCCUUUGAGCAAGACACCAGCAUCACCCACUACCUGUACACCGCCCCCAUCUUCAGCGAGGACGGUCUAUAUUUGGCUUCUUAUGAAAGUGAGAGCCCUGAGAACCAAACAGAAAAAGACAGGUGGAAAUCGCUAAGGUCUUCUAUUUUGGGGAAGACAUGAGGAGCGCUGAGCUGAAGAAGGAGGAAGACGUGGAACCGGCAGAGGCCGCCGAUGGGCCCCGCCCCAGACAGCCCAGCCGGCAGCAGCAGGAACCAUAUGGACACUGGAGGGCUUUUGUCAGACCUCAGUCCCAGGAGACACUCAUGGGGGCCAUGCCCUGGGGACACCGGCCCUCAGGACUUCCGGGGCUGUGUGGCUGGUCAGUCUGCCCAUUCUGGGAGGGGACAUGGCACUGCCCCAAAGGAUCCGGUGGCUGCAGUCCCACCAAAUGACAUGUGCCAUGGAGGCCGACACAUGACCUGUCACCAGGUAGCCUGAGAGCCAUCACAGUGGGCAUCGUGGUGUGACGUGAGACAUGCCAGCGCAGCGUCUGUGACAGACCCCAUCCAGCCCUUCCCAGCGGGCUCGUUCCCACAGCCCGUGCACCCUCCCCUUCCUGGACUGUGCUGGCGUCGGGAAUGGCUUCCUGGUGACAGCGGAGAAACCAUCAGAGUGACCACCUGGAGUCAUGGGGUCCACAGUGUGUGCGUCACCGCCCUGCAACCCAGCCCCCUUGUAAAAGUGACAGUCGGUAUAAA